AUGUUCACCAUAUGGCGGAUCUUUAAGCCAAGCCAUGGAGCUUCCAAACCACAGAAACUGCCUAUCCACCGUCAUUUCUUGCAACCUUCAGCGUUUCCAUUCGAUUGCUAUGGCUGCUCUGAAACCAAGAAGGACGCAAAAGGGUACUAUUGCCCUCACCCUCAGUGCGAGUUCUACGCCCACAAGGAAUGCGCCGAGUCGCCUACCGAGAUCAACCACCCUUCUCAUUCGCACGCUCUCAAGCUCCGUUGCUGCGGACCACCUUCUUACAGUGACGGAAGUUGUCGGUUGUGCGGAGAGACGCUUCGUCUUUUGUUAUAUCAUUGCUCCAUCUGUAACUUCAGUCUAGACACGGCUUGCGCGAGGAAGCACGAGAUUCCAAGCAUUGACUACCCGAAAGCUCAUGAGCAUAGGCUUCACCUCUUGGCCAAACGUGUCUCCUUCCCUUGUCCUUGUGAUAAAGACGUCCGUGGAGCUCCUUACUUGUGUCACCAAUGCAACUUCAUGAUCCACAGAGACUGCGUUUACUUGCCGCGUGUGAUACACCUCACACGCCACAACCACCGUAUCUCUCGAAGCUACUUCAUCGGCCCUGGGAAGUUCGUUUGUGGAGUCUGUCGUCUUGAGUUGAAUUGGAGGUAUGGAGGAUAUCGCUGCUCUGUUUGCCCUGAUUAUGUCAUCCAUCUUAGAUGUGCAACAAGAGAUGAUGUGUGGGAUGGAAUAGAACUCGAAGGGAAGCCCGAAGAAGACGAAGUUGUAGAAGAGCCGUUCCAAGUGGUGGUGGAACAAGGUAAAGUGAUCAAGCAUUUCAGUCAUGAAGAUCAUCAUCUCAAACUCAACGAAGGUGGUGUUGUUUGCCAUGAAUCUAUCCGAUGCAGUGCUUGCGCUCUACCGGUCUACUUGGAUGCAUAUUACAAAUGUUCGUCUUGCGCUUUUGCUCUUCACGAGGCCUGCGCUAAUCUUCCCCGGAAGUUGAGGCAUGAGCUACACAAGCACACACUCACUCUCCGACCGAACACUAGCCCGGACGAUGAGAAUGGUUACAACUUUUUCAACUGUACAGUUUGUAAGCGGCUCUGCAGUGGUUUCAAGUACGUUUGUGGGAGUUGCGACGUGGAGAUAGAUGUACGUUGUUGUUCAACUCGAGAGCCGUUUAUCCACGAAAGCCAUCGACGACACCAACUGUUCCUUACUUCCUCAGAAGCUAAACUAUGUGGCGCUUGUAACGAGAGUGCAUCAACUGUAUUGAACUGCGUCGACUGUGACUUUGCCUUGGGCUUCGACUGCGCAACUUUGCCUAACAAGGUAAAGCACAAAUGCGACACGCAUUUUCUCUCUGUCUGCUUUGGAGAAGAGACGAGUGGGCAAUACUGGUGCGAGGUGUGCGAGAGAAAAGUCGACCCGAGCAAAAGAUUCUACACAUGUGAAGAUUGCAGCUCCACUCUUCACAUCAACUGCGUCAUUGGCGAAUUCACGUUCUGGAGACCAGGUUUCAUGUCCGUGUCACGUUACGAAGCCACAGUGCUUCCCAAUGUCUUUGCGUCUCGGCCACGUUGCCACAUGUGUUUGCGCCGCUGCGAGGACACGUCCGGUGUCGUUUACGUCGCGGACAAGUAUCUCUGUUCCUCUAAAUGUUUAGAGAAGUUUAUCAGAUUCAGCAUUACACUUUCCAAGUCGCCGACUCUGGAGAUGCCACUUUUUGGGGAACUUUUCCGAUCUGAACCAGAGCCAUAUUUAGAUCAUUAG